AGUUUUUAGCUCAGUUGCAUUUCUAUUUCGCUGCAAGCUAGUUCAACAAACCAUAUCUUAAAAUGUGUCGCUUGCUUUUGGCAUUAAUUUGUGCAUUUUCUUUAACAUAUUUCUUAAGUACGGAAGGUCGAGAAGCAUGGAGAAAGACAGUGAAGGGUCGAGUGAUGUCCAACGUCAGCAUGACACUCUACUGGUGGAUCCAGCCACACUUUCCGUAUGAAUUGGUAAAGGACGAGGACGAGUGGGAUGCAAUCGGCGGUGAUGUGUUCGAGAAGCCAGAAAUAAUUUGAAUAUCAUAAAAAGGCCGAAUAUAUACUGUGAAAUAUUUGUAAUCUGCAAAGUUUCAAGUACAUCCUUUUGAUUUUAAAGUUACAAUUACAUUGAUUAUUUAAUUAAUUGGUACAUAUAAUUGCUUUUAGUAUAUUACACAUAUUAGGUUUAAAACAUUAUGUAAGUUAUCUAUAUUCAAUCGUAUACAACUUCUUUAUUGGGUGCUGACCAGAGCUAGUAGUGCCCAUUGCUCAUAACUUUAGUUCGUGUAUUUUUGCUGAGUAGGUAAGAUU